CUACUGCUAGCUUGACGUGUGCAGUUGUCGCGGUGAGGAAGUGCCACAGAAGUGUCUUUAAUUCCAUCACUUUUUCUUCCUCGCGCUGCGUCGAAAUGACUUUUUUUUUCACGCGCGCGUUUGUUCUUUAGCGCACACGCGCAGCUUUUAAUGUGACUUUUUUAAUGGGACGACAGAGAAUGACUCAGGGUUUUCUCUUAAAGUUGAAUCUUCACACGGUAAUAAUCUGAGUCACAUGACAGUUGUUGUUGUCGUGCUUCGCUGAACUGCGCAGGUAAUGUCGCCACGUCUGUUUUGACUGUUGUUUAAUCCGUUUUGCUGUUUUUAAUCCGAAUCAAAGUGACGCGAAGCAGCUUGAACUGGUUGCUAACACAGUUAGCUGCGCGGCUAGCCUGUUAGCUAAGCCAAUUUUCGUCAGUGUUACGAAAGUGUGAUUUCUGCUAAACUGUGUGUGUGUGUGUGUUUAUAAACUCCUCACACACACACACGUUGUACUUAAGUUUGAGUUUUAAAAGACAAACUAAAGGUUUGAAUGCCUCAGUUUUUGAUGAACAGAAAACAUGCAGAUGGAUCUUACACAGGAUCUAAAGCGAUGGAGAAGUCCGGUUACUGCGGCGGCAGCUUUGACGGCAUUUACUACCCCAGUGACGACGACGAUGACGAGAUGGUGGACAUCGCGGGAGCCACGCUGGACUUCUCCUCGGACGACGUCCCUCCUCUCAGCUCAGGACCUCACGACGAGUACAGCGGCGGCGGCAGAGCGGGCAGCAUGAACGGUCACGGCCCCGGAAAACUGGUGGACCCGCUGGACGACCCGCUGCCCGGCGUGGGAACCUAUGAAGACUUCAACACCAUCGACUGGGUCAGAGAGAAGAGCAAGGACCGGGACAGACACAGAGAGAUCACCAAUAACCGCAAACAGUCGACGUUGGCUCUGCUGAUCAGUCUGAGCGACGCGUUCUCUGGCUGGCUGCUCAUGCUGCUGGUGGGACUGAUGGCAGGCGCUCUGGCUGGCGGCAUCGACAUCACGGCUCACUGGCUGACGGACAUGAAGGAGGGCGUGUGUCUCGCCGGCUUCUGGUUCAACCACGAACACUGCUGCUGGACGUCCAACGAGACCACGUUCCUGGAGCGGGACCGCUGUCCACAGUGGCAGAGCUGGGCCGAACUCAUCACGGGAACGUCAGAGGGUGCGUUUGCCUACAUCGUGAACUACCUGAUGUACCUCCUCUGGGCUCUGUUCUUCUCCUUCCUGGCCGUGACGCUGGUCAGAGCCUUCGCUCCGUACGCAUGUGGCUCAGGAAUACCUGAGAUUAAGACGAUCCUCAGCGGCUUCAUCAUCCGCGGUUACCUGGGCAAGUGGACGCUCAUCGUCAAGACCAUCACCCUGGUGCUGGCCGUCUCCUCGGGGCUGAGUUUGGGGAAAGAGGGCCCCCUGGUGCACGUGGCCUGCUGCUGCGCCAACAUCCUCUGUCACCUGUUCACCAAGUACCGCAAGAACGAGGCCAAGCGCAGAGAGGUUUUGUCGGCCGCAGCUGCCGUCGGCGUGUCCGUGGCGUUCGGCGCUCCCAUCGGAGGAGUCCUGUUCAGUCUGGAGGAAGUGAGUUAUUACUUCCCUCUGAAAACUCUGUGGCGUUCCUUCUUCGCCGCGCUGGUCGCAGCCUUCACUCUCCGCUCCAUCAACCCGUUUGGAAACAGUCGCCUGGUUCUGUUCUACGUGGAGUUCCACGCCCCCUGGCACCUAGUGGAGCUGGCUCCAUUCAUCCUGCUGGGGAUCUUCGGAGGCCUCUGGGGGGCGCUGUUCAUCAAGGCCAACAUAGCGUGGUGCAGGAUACGUAAAACCACUCGACUGGGCCAGUACUCUGUCAUCGAGGUGCUGGUGGUUACCGCGGUAACCGCCUUGGUCGCCUUCCCGAACAGUUACACCCGGAUGAGCGGAGCGGAGCUCAUCUCCGAGCUGUUCAACGACUGCUCGCUGCUCGACUCGUCUCAGCUGUGCGGCUACAAGCAGCCCAACACCACGUCAGAGACGGGUGCGGGCAACAGUCUGGCCGACCGUCCAGCAGGUGACGGCGUUUACACGGCUCUGUGGCAGCUGGCCUUGGCUUUAAUCUUCAAGAUGUUGAUCACCGUCAUCACCUUUGGCAUGAAGGUUCCCUCAGGCCUCUUCAUCCCCAGCAUGGCCGUUGGAGCCAUCGCCGGCAGACUGUUGGGUGUUGGCAUGGAGCAGCUGGCUUAUUACAACCACGACUGGUUCAUCUUCAGAGGCUGGUGUUCUCCAGGAGCCGACUGCAUCACACCAGGACUCUACGCCAUGGUGGGAGCUGCUGCCUGUUUAGGCGGAGUGACGCGCAUGACCGUGUCGCUGGUCGUCAUCAUGUUCGAGCUGACCGGCGGUCUGGAGUACAUCGUGCCGCUCAUGGCCGCCACCAUGACCAGCAAGUGGGUGGCGGACGCUUUUGGGAGAGAAGGAAUCUACGAGGCUCACAUCAGGCUGAACGGUUACCCGUUCCUGGAGCCGAAAGAAGAGUUUGAGCACAGCAGCCUGGCUGUGGACGUGAUGAGGCCGAGGAGGUCGGACCCUGCUCUGGUCACUCUCACACAGGAGGGCAUGACUGUGGGGGAGGUGGAGGUGUUGGUAGAGAACACACACUUCAGUGGUUUUCCUGUGGUGGUUUCUCAGGACUCUCCGAGACUGGUGGGCUUCGUCCUCAGGAGAGACCUGCUCAUAUCUAUAGACAACGCUCGCAAGCGCCAGGAGGGCGUGGUCAGCGCCUCCCAGGUGUUUUUCAGCGAGCACACGCCGCACCACGCCGCCGAUGCCCCGCCCCCUCUGCGCCUCCGGGGAAUCAUGGACCUGAGCCCGUUCACCGUCACCGACCACACGCCCAUGGACAUCACCGUGGACAUCUUCAGGAAACUGGGCCUUCGACAGUGUCUGGUCACACAUAACGGGAAGCUGCUGGGAAUCAUCACCAAGAAGGACAUCCUGAAACACAUGGCUCAGAUGGCAAACAGAGACCCUGACUCCAUCCUCUUCAACUGACCCUGUCCUUCACCGUCAUCUUCAUCACCUUCAUGCUCCUCCUCCUCCUCCUCUGUGGACCAGAGGAGACGACGCCUCAAACACACUUUUAUCUCUCUAACAAGAGAAGGACGAGUAACGUAAGUCCAGCUUCAUUUGCACAGCUGACAAACACAACUCUGGAUUAUUAUUAUUAUUAUUAUUGUUGUUGUUAUUAUUUUUCUGGCUUUAAAAACAAACACGAACAACUGCCGGAGCCAGUUUCUAAUCUGAAGGAUUAAAGAAGAAAAGUCAGUGGCGUUGUGUCACAUCUGGAUUAUUUUCUGUACGAGAGACAAAUCGCUGAGGGAGGCGGAGAGACGAGGAAACACGUGAGGAGGAGGAAGGAGAUGAAGGUGACUGCCCUCCAGCCUUCACUGCGAGUCCAGACAGAGACUGAGCUGAUGGAUGCUCCUCCUCCUCCUCCUCCUCCUCCUCCUGCUGCUGAUGUAGCUGCAGGGUGAAGGAUACACGAUUGUGUGAAGAAGGACUGAACACACACACACACACACACACACACACACACUCACUUAACACUCCAUAACUACUUCAUCAGAGUCUGGGAAACUUCCAGAAACAUCCUCUUUGUUCUGGACGCUCGAGAUUUGUAACAUAGACAGAGAUAAUGAAGUUUUACAUACACACACACACUCAGUCUUAUUGAAGCCACUG